AUGUCAAUCAAUAUCAAAAACCCUGAUCCAAAAACCAUAAACGCCGUUUCACGUCAUUUGAAUGAUAAUAUUGAAAACAGUUUACAAACACCUGGUGGUGAUAUCACAAGAGAUUUAUAUAAAUGGGUACAGGAUAAUAAUAACAAUAAUGUGAGUACUCUAAAUAACAAUAACAUAAAUAAUAUUCCAGAUUCUUGUAAUAGUCAAUCUUCAAGACCAAGCAAUACCAAUAUUAACAAUAACAAUAACAACGUUACCAGUGAUAAUUUAACAAACAAUGGUACAACCAACCUUAAUUCCUAUAGAAAAAGAUCGAUGAGUUUUUCAGCUAUAUCAGGCAAUUCAGAGUUUUUCAAUAAUAUGAUACUCAUGCCGAAUUCAAGAACACACUCGAUUGAUCAAAGUUCGAUGAACAAUAACCAUAAUAAUAAUAAUAAUUCUGUUAAUAACUCCAACAAUAGUACAAAUAUGAAUCUCAAUAAUCCUUUGAUUAUGACACAUGAAGAAAUCAGAGCUCCUGGUGGGUUUAGAAGAUCUUUCAUUAUACACAAAAGAAGAGGUAAGCCUUUGUCUCAGGUUAAACCAAACUUUAUAACAAGAAAUUUUAUAGAAUUUCUAACUUUAUACCCACAUUUUGCUGGGGAAGAUCUUUCAGAGAGUGAAAAUGAACACGAAGAAGAAGAAGAGGAGGAGGAGGAGGAAGAUGAAGUUGAGACAAGAUUAGGCGUUCAUACUCGUUUUAAUGUCUCUCCUGAAGACUUAGAAGAAGCUAUUGAAUCAGAAACUGAAAGCUCUUCUCUGUUACCAAGAGAUGAAAGAACAUCAUAUUUGAAACAAAGAUAUAUUAUUCCUAUGAUCACUAACACAAAAUCUAAUCCUGUUAACAGGACUAAGAAAGUUUCAAAACAUAAGGCGUCAACAUUAAAGACAAUUUUACUUCUACUGAAAUCUUUCGUUGGUACAGGUGUCCUCUUCUUGCCAAGAGCAUUCCAUAACGGUGGUUGGGGGUUUAGUUCUUUAUGUUUAUUAUUUUGUGCAAUUUUAUCAUACUAUUGUUUCAUCCUAUUGAUUAUUACCAAGGAUAAAAUUGGUGUGAAUGGAUAUGGUGAAAUGGGGUUAAAAUUAUAUGGUAAUAAAAUGAAGUUAUUGAUUUUGCAAUCUAUUGCACUAUCACAAGUAGGCUUCUCUGCUGCGUAUACUGUUUUUACUGCCACAAAUAUGAAAGUUGUUAUAGAUGGAUUAUUUAAUCUUACCGAUGGCAAUGAUAGUAACUCAAACGGUUCCAACUCCCUAAGUUUAUCUUUUUAUAUAUGGUUGCAAGCUUUAAUCUUCAUCCCAUUGGCUUUAACUAGAAAUAUUGCUAAAUUAAGUGGAACUGCACUUAUAGCAGACUUAUUUAUCUUAUUAGGACUUAUUUCCGUUUACUAUUAUUCAAGCUAUUAUGUAAUCACCAAUGGAAUUCAAUCACAGGCAAUGGUGUGGUUCAAUAAAUCGCAAUGGUCUUUAUUUAUCGGUACUGCAAUCUUUACAUUUGAAGGGAUAGGAUUGUUGAUCCCAAUCCAGGAGUCCAUGAAGAGUCCAGCCCAAUUCCAAUCAACUUUAUCUGGUGUUAUGGUAGUAGUCACUAUCAUUUUCAUAUCGUGUGGUCUAAUUUGUUACUGUGCAUUUGGUUCAAAUGUAGAGACCGUGGUAUUGUUGAAUUUUCCACAGAAUACAUAUUAUACAGCAAUAGUUCAACUGUUAUACGCCCUAGCUAUUCUUUUAUCAACACCUUUACAGAUGUUUCCUGCCAUUAGAAUCUUGGAACAUUGGACAUUUCCCUCAUCUUUGUCUGGGAAAUAUAACCCACGUGUCAAAUGGUUAAAAAAUUAUUUUAGGACAGGUGUUGUGAUAGUCACAAUAGCGAUUGCAUGGGUUGGUGCUAAUGACUUAGAUAAAUUUGUGUCCCUGGUUGGAUCAUUGGCAUGUAUACCGUUAAUCUAUAUUCAUCCGCCACUCCUACAUUUUAAAGCCUCUCGACAGGAAGAACAGAAUCCAAACAAACUAUUUCUUCUUUUGGACUUAUCAAUCUGUAUAUUUGGGAUUAUCAUCAUGCUCUAUACCUCAUGGCAGACCAUUAGCCUUUGGAUAUUUUCACAAUAA